GGGGGCGGGGGGGGGGGGGUCCCCGUCAGCCGUCGGAAGGUCGCGCCGGUCUGCCAGAGGCUUCGUCGGGGGGGGGGGGUCAGCGUGCAGCGGCGGCCGUGCGAGAUGGGCCCUCGCUUUGGUUCGGCGUGGCCGACCGCCUGCCUGGCGCUCGUCCUGGCCCUGGCCCUGCCCGCCGCCGGCAGCACGGACCAGCGAUCGCCCGUGCCCCGCCUCAAGCUCUCGUACCGCGAGCUGGUGGCCACCAACAGCACGGUGACCCUAAGCGUGCCCGCCGAUGUGUGGGACUUCCGCACUCUGCUGCUGGACGAGGACCGGGGCCGGCUCCUGGUCGGCACUCGCAACUACCUGCUGCUGCUCCAGCUGGACAACAUCAACCGCCAGCCCAGAAAGAUCUAUUGGCCGCCGUCCAAGGAGAGGGUGGAGAUAUGCAAGCUCACGGGGAAAGAUCCUCAGAGAGAAUGCGCCAACUUUGUCCGAGCGCUGCACCACUACAACAGGACGCACGUGUACGCGUGCGGCACCGGCGCCUUCUACCCGGUGUGCGCCUUCGUGCACAUGGGCUCCAGGCUUGAGGAGCCCGUGUUUAGUCUGGACGCGCAGCACAUGGAGUCUGGCCGUGGCCGAUGCCCCUAUGAUCCUCAGCAGCACACGGUCUCCCUGAUCACAGACGGCCAGCUGUUCGCCGGGCUCAACGUGGACUUCAUGGGCAAGGAGCCCACGUUCGGCCGCAGCCUGGGCCCGGGGAACUCCAUCCGCACGGAGCAGCACGAGGCCAGCUGGCUCAACGAUCCCAAGUUCGUGGCGGUGUUCGCGUUCCCCGACACGAGCAGCCGUGAGGACGACAAGGUGUACGUGUUUUUCCGCGAGACGGCCCUGGAGGCGAGCGGCGCCAAGGCCAUCUACUCCCGGGUGGCGCGCGUCUGCAAAAACGACAUGGGCGGGCAGCGCAGCCUCAUCAACAAGUGGACCACGUUCCUCAAGGCUCGGCUCGUGUGCUCCGUGCCGGGGCCCAACGGAAUCGACACUCACUUCGACGAGAUCCAGGACGUGUUUCUGCAGCCGACCAAGGACGACAGGAACCCCCUGCUCUACGCCGUGUUCAGCACCUCCAGCGCCGUGUUCCAGGGGUCGGCCGUGUGCGUGUACCACGCCGCGGACGUCCGAGCCGUCUUCAACGGGCCCUUUGCUCACAAGGAGGGACAGGAGUUCGGCUGGACGGAGUACAAGGGCAAGGUUCCGUACCCGAGGCCCGGCACGUGCCCAAGCCGCACGUACGACCCGUCGUUCCGGAGCACGCGGGAGCUGCCCGACGAGGUGGUGCACUUCGCGCGGAGCCACACGCUGAUGGCGCGUGCGGUGGCGCCGGCGCUGGGGCGCCCCGUGUUCACGCUCACCUCCGCCGAGUACGCGCUCACGCGCAUCGUGGCGCACCACGUGCAGGCCGAGGACGGGCCCUAUGACGUGCUCUUCCUGGGAACCAGUGUGGGCAGCGUCCUGAAGGUGAUCACCAUUCCUACCAAGAACCUGGCGAUGGAGGACGUCAUCCUUGAGGAGUUGAGCCUCGCCAAGGAGCCUUCUCCGGUGCUGUCCAUGGUGAUAUCUCCAAAAAGGCAACAGUUGCUCGUGGGCCUGCAGGAGGGGCUGGUGCAGCUCUCCUUCCAGCGGUGCCACGUCUACGGGAAGGCGUGCGCCGAGUGCUGCCUCUCGCGCGACCCGUACUGCGCCUGGGACGGCACCGCCUGCUCGCGAUACUUCCCCUCCAACAAGAGUUUGCGCAGGGCUCGCCGUCAGGAUGUGCGGCACGGGGACCCGACCACGCACUGCUGGGACACGCACGCAGGCGGCGAGUUUGAGGAGUCGGAGGAGAAGGUUCUAUUUGGGGUGGAGGGCAACGCCACCUUCCUGGAGUGCGUGCCCCCGUCCCGGCUUGCCGCCCUCUCUUGGUAUGUGCAGCACUCGAAAAAAGACCCACCACAGGAGCUGAAAACGGACGAGCGCAUCGUGCAGACGGCCCAGGGCCUGCUCGUGCGCGACCUCCACCGCGGCGACGCCGGCGUGUACCGGUGCCGCGCGCGCGAGAACGCCUACAGCCGCGAGGUGUCGCGCGUCGCCCUGCACGUGGUGCCCGGCGAGGGCCUCCGCGCCGACGGGGCGGCCGCGCGGGGCCCCCCGCGGGGGGCGGCCGACGACGACCGGCGCCGCCCCCCAAACGCCGCCGCCGCAGGCCUCCCGCCCUCCCUGCCGCCCGCGUUCCCCGCCGCGCCGCGCAAGGACGCGUACCUGCGCCCGCUGCCGGACGGAGGCGUGGAGGAGCUGUGCGAGCAGCUGUGGCUCAAGAGGCCCAAGCCGCGCUUCCGCGGCGCGUCGGUGGCCGGCAAGUGGAAGCACCCGCAGGACAGCGGGCGUGGCCGCAUGCGCCGCCACCCGGGCACGGGGCGGCAGGGCGCCGCCGACGUGGGGGCCCGGACGGGGCGCUAGCUGGCGCGUUCGCUCGGCUCGCUCUGCGGCCACCGCCGCCGCCGCCUCGCCCGAUGUAUUCGUAUGUAAAGUUCGCGAUGUUCCUUAACCGUCGUUGUUAUUGCACGUGGUGGGGCGGGGGGGGGGGGUGUUUCUGUUCAGAGAUUCGGAAGUAGGCGAACAGCAAUCGAAAAUCGGAAGGGCCGCGCGGGCAGUGGUGUUGCACGCGCCGCAGGUUGCAAAACGCACGCCGCCCCGGGGGUUGGGUAUGCCAGGCUCGGCACCGUGAAAACGGUGGCUCCGGCUAUGUUCUGCCCCAUCUUGGUCCGUGCUCCACAGUCAGGAAUAGCCAAUUGCCCUAAAAACGUUAGCUCAUUGAAAUGUUUUCAGUCAUAAGGCCAAGUUUGUUAACGAUCGCAGCGCUAAAAUAUUUUCACGCGGCGUUACAAACCGACAGAACCGCAUCUCUAUGUCCAGCAUUUGAACAAUCGCAUCACUGUUCCCGUCGAGUAGGAUGUUCGCCACAACCAAGAGCUUUCUUAGCGCCGAACAAGGCUUCUCCAUUUUUUCAAGAUGCAUGGCAUUUUUCAAACUUUGCUUUUCAUUGAUGCUUUUUGAGCAGAGGUAUUCGGUAUUUGAGAAAGUUAAGGGAAGAAGGGCAUCUUGACCUUCGGACAUAAUAUCUGCGUACAAGGACGUGGCCAAGCAGAUGACUUUUACGGUUAAAGGCUGGAUGCUUUCAGGGUUGUUCAAAAGUGAAUGUUUGCAUCGUGUUUGUCCCAAUUACGUAUGGUACUUCAGUGGCGUGGACCUUUGAGAUAUGCUAUACUUGGAAUGUGCUUAUUUAAAUAAAACGGAUGAUAAUGAUGGUUGUGAAGCUAUGUUGAGUAAAUUGAGUGGUUCAUGAAGCCCCUUUUGAAUAAGGCAGGUUUGCUUAUAAGUCACUUAAUUGGCAUUGGGGAAAUCGAAUAAUUGUGUGGCGUCGAGUAAAGGUGCCACCGUGAUAGAUUUAGACACAGCUUACAAUUAGAGGUGUGACUUUCAUUAAGGGGUAGGUUUUCAAAUAUAAUUGUUAUGGUACUUGCAAUCAGUGCAGUUCUAAACGCAACCAAGCGUCGACUGUGAUAUUUCGCAUAUGUAUCUAGUGUCACACCACGAUUCAACUUUCAUCAAAUCAAGUGGAAUUCGCCCCGACCUCGUCAGACUGUGGAAGCUAAGUAGGGUUGAGCGUGGAUCGUGCUUGGAUGGGCGUCCAGCACAGGCUCGCUGUGGGGCCAAGUAUUCAGUGGAGGGCAGAGUAUUAAAAAAAAAUGCAUUGUUGUAUGGUACUAUCGCGUCCACGUCUGUGCUGCCUGCCUUCACCAACCCGCCUUGACCAACGUCGUGACGUGUGAUCACGUAGCCACCAGGCGUGAGCAGGGGCCCAUCAUCCAGCGGUGGACAGGUAAAAGGGCCGCGUCGUCGACAAGUUUCGGUCGAUGCGAUUGGCUGCGGGAAAUGGAGCCCGGUGUGUGAUGAACGCGCAGUCCGAAAGGGGAAAAGAAAGUAAUGUAACCCAAUUAUCCCUUCGUACUGUGGGUAUAAUUAUUGUUUGUAAUAUCGUAUUGUCGUAGAGUUGAGUGUUGGCAUGUAAUUGUUUCCCACUAUGUUCCACUGGCACCUGGUGGAGUGUUGAGUGACCUCUUUCCGUGAAAAGGCCCCUUUAUAUAUUGUUUCCCUCGUAUUUCACCUUGCUGCCCUGCCUCAAGAGUGACCGUGUAACAUGAGGUGGAAUAGUUGUGCGUAAUUAGGCGGUCAGCAAAAAAAAUGUUUUAAGAUUUUUUUUAGAUUUUUCCUAACGUGCAUUAAAUACAGCGCCAUUUAUUCCCGAGUUGAAUUCGCAGCCGUGUGUGUGGAGAUAUUGCAGUGGGUAUCGCGCUGCGCGAUGAACCCAGUGGCCUGAGUUAGACUUUCUUUCCACUGGCUGAAAUUAGUGGCAAGUGGUGUCUGAUCUGGUUCUGAGCCUCCUCUAGGUUGACUCAGCCGCUAAAUAACUACUUGGUCUAGUGUAGGUGGCCGGGCGUGUGCUAUCGGUGCAAUCCAGUAUACAGUAUGUACAGAGCAGUGAAACCCUUCGUGUUAGAGAGAAGCAGAUCCCACAGAGCUACCUCUGAAAUCAUUCGAGUGAAUUCUGGCUGGCACAGUAGGGGGCAGCCCUUGUUCAGCCACUGAGAGCAAUGUUCAGAGAAUGACAGUCAAAACGAAAUGUUUUAAUUUCUUGAGCUGGAAUUUCGCCAAAUUAAGUACAAAACUAAACUUGGUCACCAGGCUGAAACCAAUAAACUCACUAAACUAGAGGAUCAUGUUUAAUCACAGGUGACUUUAUGGAUUCAAACCCAGGAUCUCAGUGGUUGCAGCUAAAUGCUCUCUGAUCUCUUAAGCCACCCAGCCAGUCUUGAUAGGUGCUUGCCAACAGUCCACAAAGCUAUAAGAGGAGCCUCACCUCUGUGUGUGUGUGCGCGUGUGUAGAUUAUUGGUAAUUGCUCCCUGCUUGGAAUAACGUUUCUGCAAAUUAGGAUGUGUGCUUUCCUCUCCGUCUCGUCCUUUGCUUUGGUAAGACACAAUGGCAGCUUGUGCCGCAUUCUGCUUGACAUGCAGCACAUUGGUAAUGGAGCUGAAAGGACAUUGCCUAAUCUCCCCCAUCUUCAUUGAAUGGAAAUGUUUAGUGAUCUCACCACACACGACCAAAUGCUGGCGAUCAUUGCACUUUGUUCCAGUCUGGCUGAUAGAGACUCACUGAUUGUGCUUUAACAGUUGGAUGCGGUCAAUUUAAAUGUUCCACACCUGGUGAAUUUGAGGACAUUGCCUGAUACUGACUGCUAUGGACGACGUCUGGUUUUCAUAAGCUCGUAGCUGGCGGGUAAAAAGUAAAAAAAAAUAUUUGAAAUGAAAAAUAAAUACGUGGCGGUGCUGGAAGGGUUUUGUGAAAGAAGCAAAAUGUGUACGUUAUCUCUCCGAAUGUCUUAAAUCAAGAGAGCGCAACGUGAUCAGCAGCGGAGCGCAUGGUGUCGACUGACACGCGUAAGGGCACGCGGUUCAUCGCCCUGAUCAGUCGACCACGUGCUCUGCAAGUGGUGACCUCGCGUGGCCCUUGUCCGAUUCACCAAUGAAAUCUGUCGACCGCGUGCAGUGCUAUCGGUCACCGUCCUCGCGCGGUACGCCUCUUCGCGUUCUUUUCGAGCAUUCAAACACAGGCGUGGUUGACAAUCCUCGAGCCGGCGAAUAGGUUUGAGGAGGGGGAGGGCGGCUGAGCCCCUUGCCAGCACGUGUGGUCUGCCGCCUGAUCACUUGUAUUUCGACGAUACGUUGUCGCUCUUGCACGGUGGUUGCGGGAGACGCGGCCCGCUUUUUAGUUUAGUUUUGUCUGUAUCCGCACUCCACGCCGACAGAAUCGCAUCAUACGACCCGCGAGCAGGCAAUUCACGCUGCAGACGACGCUCGGUUCAGCCGCCACGCGGCGAAGUCACAUCCUGGCAAUCUUUGCGGAUAUCGGGUAAAAGAGCAGAUAAGGUGUUGGCGGGCGACGUAAUUAAGUGACACUUUUUUAAUGGGCAACAAUUGAUUUAAACGCACCCAAUUACAAUGUAAAAGCAAUAGUCGUUAUUAGAUUACACGCGUGUAUAAGUGAUAGUUUGAUCAUUAUUUUUGUAGCGUCUGCGAUGCCAUUGCCAGAUGUCGCGGUUUUGCCGAUUGCAAUGGUGUACACGGAGAAAUCUUCACGUGAUUAUCAGUUUUAGACGUCGCGUCUCGAUUCUCUCACAGACGAUGGUGCUUCUAGCAUGCUACACGGUUAAGCACCGUCUCUCUUCCAUCAUUGUUAGUCCAGGGACAUGAUUAUUGUGACGUCGCGCAGCUUGUAUUUCUCUUGCCCCGUUAUUGUGUGUGUGUGUACUUGACGUAGCAUUUGCAAUGCGGCCGUUUCAAAACGGGAUUAUGGUUAUGUCUUUGAACUAUAAAACAAUACUUCUAUUUGACGGUGUACAACGGUGUUUUUUGUAUUCCUUCUGAAAUUACAAUUCAUUAGACACGCAGUCACAUUAAUAGCUUACAGAGACGAAGAACGUCACAGCAAAUGUUGAAUCGAGUGUCACGCGUGUGAAGGUUGAACACGUGAUUUUGUUUAACACACCUACACGUUGCGAGACCGUUUAAAUUGCAUUUUUCUCAAACAAAAAUGUCUUAAGUUUCUUGACAUUGCUCUUGUUUUUCCUCCCUAUUCGUCAGUCCAGUCCACUCUCGCUUAUCUGGGCUUCUCGGAUGGAGAGACGGCCCAGAUGUGUGCAAAAGAGCUUCACAGCUCAUCGGAUUCCUCAAGUAGAAAUACAUUUUCUGAUAAGCAAACACCACGAAAAACAAAGCAUCAGCAGAUUAAGCCAUGGUACCCGUAAUUAUUGUGUACCAACUCAACUCGGAGUCGAGACGUUGAACGACAUCCGUUUUCUUUCUUAGAGUAACCGAUCACCGAGUCAUGAUUGAGGAGCGGCCAACAUUAUCGCCAGCAGCGUGCGCUACCCCCCCCCCCCCAAAAAAAAAUAAGCCACGGAUGAGCAAGGGUACACAACAUUUCUCGAAUUUCCUUUACUUUUUUUCACGACCCGGAUAAUCCACGCGCGGAUAAUCGAGAGCCGACUGGAUAUUGGAAUUCAACUGCUUCGUGACGCUUGCUACCCGUCACAGGAGUGAGAGAAAGAAGAGAGAGAGACAGAGAGAGAUCGGUCGGCACGUACAGACGGAAGCGCCAGACAGAGGUGCCACGUGGCCACUUGCAUUCCCGUGUGUGACCAGAGCACAAUUUUAAAUCGAACGAAGCGGCGCUCACGACAACGUUUUUUUCCCCCGUCGUUUGUCGCGACACGCUUGAGAGUUCAGACUCGGGGCGAUUGCGAGCGCCACAAUUCGCCUGGACGGGUUCUCUGCCCAUGUUUAUAUGCCGGGGGGCGGGCGGGUUGGGGGGAGUCUGUCUUAAGUGGUGUGAAAUUUCGGAUUGAACAUUUGCGCUCACCCAACGUGUUGGCUUUGGAACGGCGAUGAUUUUGUGACUCGUAACUUCUCCUCGUGUCACACGUGUGCUUCAACCUGAAUGUUCCCGAUAAUGGUUUGAUGUAAUUUCCCCCGCGCCGCCCCGCACCCCGAAGGUUCUGUGUGUUUGUGGUGGUAAAAAAAAAAACAAAGAAAAUGUCCUGCGGGGAAAGAGAAA